GAGGAUGCUGCCUCGUCGAGGAAGCAGGGUUGAGCUGAGCCAGUGGUUUCAGUGAGCGUAGAGAACAGCCUCGGGUCGCUCAGGCAAGUGUCAGGCGCGAACGAGGCCUUUAAACUAAAGCUCUGGUUUCUUCCGCCGCUAGCGGGCUUCAAACCCCGGGGGACGUCCUGGGGUCUCAGUUAAACCCACACUCUGGUGCUGGGAGAGCCCCGCCCAGAGCUUGAUUCUAGGCCUUAGGACCGCCGGCGCUCCGCCCCCGGGCGCUGUCGCCCAAUCCCGGGCUGGCCCCGUCCCCUUCGCGAGUCGUAGCCCCGCCCCUCCCCGCGCCGAUUGGUCAGGCCUCCAGUUCGGCUCCGCGAGGCAAAGACCCGGAGCAGUGAAAUUCGCCCAAGGAUUGCCCCCGCCCGGCCCUGCUGCGCAUGCUCGCUCCGUGACCCCAGCUUGAGGUGACGGUCCAAACCGAGGCGGGGGCCCCAAGCAGGAGGCUGCAGGACCUGCCGCGGCUCCUUCGUCGGAGAGGGAGGUCUCCGCUGCCGCCGCCGCCCGACCGGUGCCCGGACGGAGCCCCUGGACUGCCAGGUUCCCUACCCGGGAGGAGGAGGAAGAGGAGAAAUCCGUCUGCUGGGGCCUGAGCGUGGCCUGGGAGACCGACCAUCGUCCCAGGAUGCCCCUGCCUGAGCCCAGCGAGCAGGAGGGUGAGAGUGUGAAGGCUGGCCAGGAGCCGUCCCCCGAGUCCUCUGAGCCAGGGACUGAUGUCGUCCCCGCGGCCCCCAGGAAGCCCAGGAAGUUCUCCAAACUGGUCCUGCUGACAGCCUCUAAGGACAGUGCCAAGGUGGCAGGGGCCAAGCGCAAAGGAGUCCACUGCAUCAUGUCCCUGGGGGUGCCGGGCCCCGCCACCCUCGCUAAAGCCCUCCUCAAGAUCCAUCCUGAGGCUCAGAGGGCCAUUGAGGCGCCCCCCCAGGAGCCUGAGCAGAAACGCAGCAAGCUGGACACAGAUGGAAAAGAAGCUGGAAGGUUGGCAGGGCAACCUGCCCCCAGCACGGAGGUGGUCGGGGAGGAGUCCACCGCAGACGCCAUCGUGCCCGGCACGAUCAUGUAACCCUGACAAGCGCGGGUGCGCCCUUACUGGGUCAGUGAACUUGGCUGUGACCUCUGCCUGGGACCCAGUUGCCAACUGAUUUUCAUUCUCAAACACCAUGUAAUUUUUUUCAAAUCAAGCAUACAUUACUUUUGUAAGCAGAAAGAAACCCGAAAAGAAUAAAAGAAGCUAUAAGCCAGGUCCCAUUAUGGA